GGUAUCGGCGCGGUCACACUGAUCAUAGCGUCACUUUUUUGAAAAAAAAAUACAACUUAAUUUAAAGAACGAUCGAAAAUUUAAUUUCCAAAGGAACCUGAACAGUGCAAUAUGUAUAAAAAUCUGGACCUGAACGCCCUGAGUGUGGAUGACAUCGUGGAGGAGUACAAACUGCUCCACGAUCGUCACCAGCAGUUAAAGGAUCAGAGCGAAAAGGAUGCCCAAAGGAUUUACGAGCUCAAAAGAAAUCUGGACACCGCUGUGGCGGCUGAAUCGUAUUUAACGCAGGAACUUGAGCAGCUGAGUAGUCAGCCGGUGGCCAGUAACUCCGGAGGCGAUUCCCAGGAACUGGAGGAACUGCGUCGCAAAUACAAGACCCUGAAAGAGGAACAGGACACACUGCAGCAGGACUACGACUGUAAAGUGGAAGAGUCCUCGAAACUAAAGGAGAAACUGGCUGCCACUGAAAAGGAACUGGCGGAAAAGUCGGCCUCCAGGUCGAAGGAUCCCCACGAGGAUUGUUUGGCGCGUUUAAAUGCCUUGGAGCUGGAAAACUGCGAACUGAUGCAGAAACUGUCGGAAUACGAGGAUUCCCGCAUCACCAACACCCUCGCGGUGGCCGAAAAAGAGAAAACCAUCGAGUGCCUCCAAGAUCGCGUGAGUUGCAUGGAGCAGAAUCUCAACUGCAAGCGGGACGAACUGGAGGAGAAGUUACAGGUGCUGGAGAGCUGCCAGGAGCAGCUGGUGGACGCCAAUGCCAAGAUCGCCCUUCUUACUUCUGCUCCUGAAAAAAAUGAUCGCAAGGGCAACUCCUUGUUCGCCGAGGUGGACGAUCAAAGACAGGUGAUGAAGCAGCUUCUGGCGGCCCAGAAGAAGAGCUAUCUGGACAUGAAAAAGACCUUCACGGACAGCCAGUUUGAGAUCAGACGCCUCAAGCGCGAGAAUGUGGCCAUGCACACCGAGCUGCAGGCUUGCAGCACCAUCUUCUGCAGUGCGGACAAGACCUAUCAGAACAAACUGAACGAGCGCAUCCGGCAGCUGAUGGCUGCAAAUGACACUCUGGAAAAACAGCUGAAUCUUUCCCAGGAGCGGCUACGCCAGCUGGCCAGCGAGAAGUCGGUCACUUGGCUGGACUCGAUGCUGGAUUUCUGCAAACGCGAAACGGACGAGCUGAAGGCGCAGCUGCACAGCAUGUGCAUCCAAAAGGCCGGACUGGAGGAGCGAAUGCGAUCCGUACAGCAGGAAAUGGCACGCUGGCGCUUUGAGUCCCUGAAAUCCCGCUGUGUGCUUAUCGAUCGCGAAAAUCUGCUGACAGAGCACAAGAUCAGUUUCAAACCCAUGCAGGCCAUGGAGUUUAACAUCAAGGAGGCGGAGCUCAAAGCAGCGUUGCCCCGCAUAGUCAGUGUGACUCCGACAUCCCCCUCACCAUCUGCUCAAUUAACAACAAGAAGAACCACUUUGAUUGCGGCUCCAGAAACCACAUCCACAUCGCUUCCAAAUCCAACUGAAAUUAUAGUUCUCGAUACACCCAUGAAGCCUUCUAUUAAGAAAGAGGGAGUGGAGCCUUUUAAUCAGGCAUCAAAACCUGCCAUAAAAGGAACUCCUGUAAAAGUCAAACGGGAAGCAAUAGAAUCUGGAAUAGCGCCUUGUAGUAACAGCACACCCAUUAAGACAAUUAUGGGUAUUAAAAUAAAAAGAGAAGUCAACUUAAAUAUAGAUCAGAAAGCCCAGCUUAGUAUCAAAAAGGAAUUGGAAACCCCAGAAGCAAUUCCUAUGUCCCAGAUGAUGGGCACACCCGUCGAAGCCAAAUGCAGUCUUAAACAAUUGCAAAACGAUGAAGCGACUUCUCCAAAGGAUAUGAACCAAAAUGAAAGCGAAGAAGAUGAUGUGAAGACUACGGAAACCCCAGCCAAACCUACGAUGAAGGGCACACCAGUUAAGCAACGUUUGGGAGGCAUAAAAGUGAAAUCCAACGAAGAGUUACUGGGAUCAAGAGAGCAUCAUUUGGAGACACCUGCUAAGCCGCAGCGCAAGGGAACUCCUGUAAAGCUCAUAAGGAUAGAUACCGAAACGCUAGAUAGUGACGAAGAGUCCUUCAAAGAAACACCCAGAAAGGCAGAUGGAAACGAAGGCGUUGAAAUCCUUGACAAUCCCACACUACAGAAGCCACUACGUAAAGGAACUCCAGUGAGGAUUGUCGCCAUCAAAGAUACGACUAACAAUGUGCGCUCUAUCUUGACCAAAAAACGGCAAGUCUUUGCCGAAGAUUCGCAAAAGGCAGUCAAGUUUAGCGGGAGUGAUCCUAUCGUCCACAACUUAAGUCCUGUUGAGAGAUUGCUAACUGAAGAGGACACCAAAGAAAAUGAAAAGCCGUUGGAAACAGAGGAAAGCAAGGACAUAAAACCGGUAAUCAAGAGACCAAACAUUAUACGGCGUAUUGUAGUGAGCUCCCGGAAACCAUUAAUGAAAUGAUUGCAUUAGUUUCCUAAAGCAAACUUUAAUUCGAAUUUAGACUUGGCCGACCUUAACCAUUAUUUACAGAUCAAAGCAGAGAAAGUAAGGAUAGAAUAAUGAUAAUUAAAUUUAGUAAAUGUUUUUUAUUUUCUCGCAUUUCAAGAGCGCUAUUUAGGUAUUGGUUGACUACAAAAUAAUUAGCUUAACAAUAAAAAAGCAACAGCCUAUAAA